CCGACAAAAGGGGCGUGGUUUAUCGUGAAGCGGAGUUUACCAUGGUGACGUCAUUAUUUGUGGGCGUGGUUUGUAGACAUUUCCACGCCUUGAGUCGCUCCUGCUGGGGCAGAGAAGGUUCGUGGAGACUUGCUGAAGCCAAAGAAGAGAAGAGAAGAGAAGAGGAGAGGAAAGGAGAGGAAAGGAGAAAGAGGGAGAGGAGGAGAGAGAGGACAUACAGAUCUGUGGUUCGCAGAGGAAAUGAAGCGGCGGCUGCAGAAGAAGUAUAUCCUCUUAAUCCUCGGCUAUUCCGUGAUCUUGCUCCUCAUCCCCUACGUGUUGGACCACAGCAGUAGGUCCGCUCAGGUGCGCCAUGGAGCCCAGGAGCAGCGGCAGCGGCAGCAGCGGUGUCCGGACCUGGAGAGCAGCAUGGCGCUGUGGAACUCCAGCGACCCAGCGGAGGAGAGCGAAGGAACCCGGAACCGCACCAAGACGCACAUCUAUCUCCACGCGACCUGGAGGACGGGCUCGUCGUUCCUCGGAGAGCUUUUCAACCAGCACCCGGAUGUGUUCUACCUGUACGAGCCGAUGUGGAACAUGUGGCAGGCGCUGUACCCGGGGGACGCGGGGAGUCUCCAGGGCGCAGUGCGUGACAUGAUGAACUCCCUGUUCCGCUGCGACUUCUCCGUGCUCAGGCUGUACGCCGGGACCACCAACAUCAGUACUUCGUUCAUCUUCGGCUGGAAGACGAACAAGGUGAUCUGCUCGCAGCCUCUGUGCGCGGCGUACAAGAAGCACCAGGUGGGACUCGUCCAAGGAGACGUGUGCGCCAAGUGCGCGCCCAGAGACAUCCGAGAGCUGGAGAAGGAGUGCAAGAAGUAUCCUGUGGUGGUCAUCAAAGACGUCAGAGUGCUAGACCUGGGCGUGCUGGUGCCCCUGGUGCGAGAUCCUACGAUCAAUUUGCAGAUCGUCCAGCUCUUCAGGGAUCCCCGGGCCGUCCAUAACUCCAGGCUGAAGUCCAAGCUGGCUCUAGUGCGCGAGAGCAUCCAGGUUCUCCGGAGCAAGAAGCAGAGCGACAAGUACAAGCGGCUGCUGUCGCCGGGGAACAGGGUAAACCGUGCCGAGAGCUACGUCUCGGGGGCCUUGGAGCUCAUCUGCGACAACUGGCUCAGCGACAUGCUCCUGGUGAACGCAGCACCUCCGUGGCUCAAGCGCAACUACCUGCAGAUCAGGUACGAGGACCUGGUGCUUCAUCCCAUCAGCGAACUGCACAGACUGUACCGCUUCUCCAACCUGAGCUUGUCUCCUGAGCUGGAGAAGUUCGUUUUGAACAUGACCCGAGGACAGGGAUACUCCUCCGACCGGCCCUUUCUGAUCUCAGCCAGGGACGCCAAGGAAGCCAUCUUCGCCUGGAGAGAGAGGCUGAGCGUAGAGCAGGUGGGCCAGGUGGAGGCUUACUGCAGCCAGGUGAUGCGACACCUGGGGUACGAGAAGAGGAACCUGGAGCAGAACUACAGAGCCUAAAAUGAGGAAUGGGAUCUGUUACAGAGGACAACAGGGUGAAGUGAAGCUUCAGUGUGAGGACAGAAGAAUCCAGAAAAGACGUCCGUCACUGAUCCGAGCAGGAUUAAUACAAGGACCAGUCUGAGUCUGAGAUCAGACGCAGAGUCCGAGUCGGACCCCGAGGCUUCACGGGACACUGAUUAUAACCUGGAGGAGAUUAAACACUAACUCUGACAGAGAGGCCGAGACGCCUGGAAGAGACGAGCGAGCUGGCCGUGUGUGUGCGUAUGGAACGUUGCCUAUUUUGGAUAUCAGAUACAGGACAUUGUUUGUGUGUGUGUGUGUGUGUGUGUUUCCCAUCCGAUUUGAAAACUGAAAUGUUGUUUCACUGUCACACUUUAUCUUUUACAUACACAAGGAACCAAAAGUUUGCCGAACACCAUUUUUUUUUCCUGAAACUUCCUGAUCAGAGGUGAUUAUAAACACUUAAUAACGCACCACAGUGGGGUCUAAUCGGGUGCACCGCGGCGCAUUGUGAUCAGGACCAGUAGAGUCUCUGAGCAGAAGUUAUAUUCAUUAAGUUGGUCAAAUGUUCAAAAAUUGUAGUUAACACUAUAGAAGCUGUGUUCAUAAGGCUACAUAAGGUUUCUUAUGUCAAGUGAAACCUCCUGGUCUUACUGUGACACACACUUACAUAGACCUUUAUGUGGCUUAUUAGCAUGUCAUGACGAGUCUGCUGGUCCAUAUUUUAUAUAUAUAUAUAUAUAUAUAUAUAUAUAUAUAUAUAUAUAUAUAUAUAUAUAUAAAUAAAUAAAUGUAGCAUAUAAUAUACUACAUAGAUAACUCUGUCAUAACAGUGUUAUAGGCAUCCAUAAAAACAUGAAAUGACAAGUAUGACAGAAGAAUGCAUGUAGUAGCUCGGUCUUAACCUGGGGGCAAGAAAUCUUGCUUAAGAAAAUAUCAAAUUCAUCACAGAGGAAUUAUGUCAUGGACAUAGUGCAGGUGUUCAUAAAGAGGGUUAUAAGCAGACAUAUGAAACUUGCAUAUAAAACGUAUCUAAGGGUUAAAGAAAAUAAGCAUCGUGCCGUCAUGACCUGGACAUAGGAGUCCGUAAAAAUGGUAUAAGCAAAAAUAUAUGAUUCAGAGCGACCGAGCGCUGGAGAGAACAUCCGUAGCUCCGUCAUAACGUUCAUGUGUGUUUAUAAACUCUAAAAGAAUAGAAUUACGAAAACAUUUCAUUCAGAAGGUUUUUAUAAACUAUUCAUAAACAAUAAAAAUAUAAAUGAGCCCUGUCAUGUUAUGGCAGCAUCGUAAACUGGUCAAUAGGUGCUCAUAAAGCUGUUAUAAGAAGACAUGUAACAUAUGUACGGCUCUGUCACGAGCCAAUCUAAGAUAUUUAUAAAAAAAGUUACGACAAAUUAUAAAAUAAAAUACUCAAGAAAAGAUUCAUAACUGUGUUAUGACAGUGUAAUGACUACAUGGGUUAUAGAUGUUCAUAUGCUGUACAGGCACGUUUGUAGACUCCUUACCGUAAAAUAGUCUCCAUUUGUUGUAUAAUAAUCUCCAUUCUUCUGGGAAGAUGUUCUGGAGAUUCGCAUCUCAAUGCUACUCUUCAUUUUCCCACAUCGUGUGUGAUGAACCUUGCAUUAUGGAGGAGUUGUGAGUUGUUAUAAAGCCUUAUGAAUGCUGCUCUGCAGAUAAAUGUUAUCGGGUGGUUAUUAAAUCGACAGUAUUAUACCAUAAAAAUAAUAAUAAUAACAAGAACUGUCUCUGUGAAUGAAGAACAAAUGCAUAUUUAUGAUUUCUUUUGUAAAUAAAGAGUUUUUUUUGUAGUAAACGUCGUCUCUGUCUUUAUUCGGUAAACGAAGCGAAUCCCUCGUAUUUUUAAUAUUUUUUAUAUUUAUCUACUGUAAACCAUCUGCGUCCAAUACAUUGAUAUACAUGAUUUGAAAUGUUGUACAGUUGUAUUUAAUGCAUACACGUUUUUUUCUUGUAGUCAGACAGGCUCGAGUGCAUUCUUACACGUUAUAAGGGGUUAUAAGCGCAGAUGCGGUGUAUAUAAGAUACGUCAAACACAUUCGACAUGGUGUCCCUCGUUACGGAGUAUAUCUGGAGGGAGGGACGGACACAUGCAGGAGAGAGCGAGGGAGCGAAAGGACAAAUCUAGACGUAUGUACAAAAAAACAAAAAAAACAACACAAAACAGGAAGUCGUUCUGAGUCUCUAAGUCACAUCUGGAUCCACGUCCAUCGCCCAGAGGUCAAACGAGACGUGUUUCACGUGAUGAGGACGUUAUCACAGUUUCCUCUCAGCUCUGAGAUUGUCCAAGAUAAUAUAAGAAGGUCAUGAGGUCACGACUCAGGAGGCUCAUUUAUUAUUAUUAUUAAUUUUUUUUUAAAGAAAACAUGGGAAAAAAACCCAAAGCUCGCUCUGAACUGGGUUAAAAUCCUUGCGAUGACAUGAGAUGAUGAGAUCUUUGCUCAAAACAGUGGUCGGUUUAUGGAACCCAGUCUAUAAACCUCCAUUUUCUCUACAAUUUCAUCACCACCUUGCAGAUCUCCUCCAUCCUUUCCAGAAGGUGAUGAGGAGCAUGAAGCAGGAGCCAGGUUGGGGAACGCACUCUGAGGAACGCACGUGAUUGGCUAACGGCGCUCUGAGUGAUUCUCAGAGGUAACUAACUCUUAGAGGGGGAAUUCUUUAGGGGUAGAUCCCUAGUUUACUGGGGGUGAGGUGGAAAUGAGACCAUGGAUGAGACGCUGGUCCACCACAAACAUGUGUACACACACACACACACACACACACACACACACACACACACACACACACACACACACACACACACACACACACACACACACAC